UUCAGUCUAUCGCUUUCUCUGACACAGUGAGCUACACGAUCCGUCUCAGAAUGAAUGUAUGUGAAACUAUACUAAUAAAUAUCGCGUUUACAAUUAAUUGAUUUACAAUUACGGAAAAAUAAUGUCGAGACAUAUCGAUAAAUGACGUACAUUGUGAUAUUUCUAACGAAGACAUUUUGGGAAGGCACUGUUUAUGUUCUAAUUUUUAAGUGAUCGCUAUAACAUAAAGCAAACGUAUUAUUGUAUACCAGAUCUUAUCCCAUCAACUUGUUUCAAAUAAGUUACAAUAUUCUGCUAGAAUAUCGUUACGAGAGUAUCGUUAUUAAGGAGAAAAGGAAAUCAAUGAAAAUGUUCUCGUUGAAUGUAAUGACGAAAUAUUUUUCGAAUACUUAAGAAAUAUAUGGUCUUGAAAAAAUAAUUACGGUUAAUUAAGAAUAAAAGUAACUUCAACAAAAAUCGAAUAUGAUAGUACAAUGAUUUACGUAACAAUCUUGUUUAAAUACCCAAGCUCGAUCAUUCGAACUCAUAAACGAAAAGGAGAAGUAACUAAUAAAAGUUACAUAUGGUUUCACCGAACGUCCUUGACUGAUCGGUGUUACAGUAUAUGGACAGUUUCGCUUUAAUCGAAGAGGAAAAUAAAGGCCUAACUAAUUAAAAGUCAAGAUCAAUGAUGACGAACAUUAUGACAACUGCAGCAGCAGCGAUACAAACGAAUAUGUUUGGGCUCGGUAUCGGAAAACUGAGUAUCAUACCGAUUCUAAUAUCAGCCUUAACUUACUUCAAUUAUUAUCUAAUGGAUCCUGAAAAUCAACCACGAGUCACAAAAAAUCUAUUAAAAGAAUACGAUUUCGUAGUGGUCGGUGGCGGUUCAGCUGGUAGCGUUGUUGUUAACAGAUUAACAGAGAAUCCAGAAUGGAGUGUACUUCUUUUAGAAGCGGGUGGUCACGAAACCGAGAUUACGGACGUACCGAUUUUGUCUCUCUAUUUACACAAAAGCAAAUUGGAUUGGAAGUAUAGAGCUCAACCACAAGAUAGUGCUUGCCAAGCGAUGAAUGAUCAACGUAGUUGUUGGACCCGAGGGAAGGUAUUAGGUGGUUCAAGCGUACUUAAUACCAUGUUGUAUAUUCGUGGGAAUCGUCGUGACUUUGAUCAAUGGGAAAGCUUUGGUAACCCUGGUUGGGGAUACGACGAUGUACUCCCAUACUUUAAAAAGUCACAGGAUCAAAGAAACCCAUAUUUAGCGCGGAACACCAAAUACCAUAGCACAGGUGGUUAUUUAACUAUUCAAGACUGUCCUUAUAAUACGCCUCUGGGUCCAGCCUAUCUUCAAGCUGCAGAAGAAAUGGGUUAUAAUAUCGUGGAUGUAAAUGGCCAACAACAAACGGGCUUCGCAUUCUUUCAAUAUACAAUGCGCAGGGGCGCUAGAUGUAGUGCAGCCAAGGCAUUCGUACGUCCCAUCAAAUUUCGAAAGAAUUUUCACCUAUCGUUAUGGAGUCAUGUUACGCGUGUUCUCAUAGAUCCAAGUACCAAAAGAGCAUACGGUGUAGAAUUUAUUAGGAAUGGUCAUGUUGAGACCGUAUUUGCGAAGAAAGAAGUUAUACUUUCGGCAGGUGCUAUAAAUACUCCUCAAUUAUUGAUGCUGUCUGGAAUUGGUGCUAAAAGUCAUCUCGAAGAUCUUGGUAUUCCAGUGAUUCAAGAUUCACCUGGCGUUGGACAGAAUCUUCAAGAUCAUAUAGCCGUUGGUGGUCUAAUCUUCCUCAUCGAACACAAGAUCAGCUUGGUAUUCACUCGUUUAGUGAAUAUAAACACAGCAUUGAGAUAUGCAAUUACUGAGAACGGUCCUCUAACUUCGAGUAUUGGUCUCGAAGUAGUAGGCUUUCUACCCACUAAAUAUGCCAACCAAACCGAUGAUUGGCCAGAUAUAGAAUUUAUGAUUACUUCUACCUCAAUUAAUAUCGGUGGAAAACAAACAAUUAUCGCCCAUGGCUUAUCCACCGAAUUUUACAAUGAAGUCUAUGGAGAAAUCAUUAAUCAUGAUAGUUUCAACAUUUUACCAAUGUUGCUUAGACCUAAAUCUCGAGGAUAUGUGAAAUUAAGAUCGAAAAAUCCGCUCGAUUAUCCGUUAAUGUAUCACAAUUAUUUAACUAAUCCUGAUGAUGUUAAUGUUUUACGUGAAGGAGUCAAAGCAGCAAUUGCAUUUACUGAGACGAGCAGCCUAAAAAGAUUAGGGGCAAGAUUUCACAGUAAGCCAUUGCCAAAUUGUAAACAUCUUCCAAUGUUCACAGAUGAAUAUUGGGAAUGUGCAAUUCGUCAAUACACAAUGACAAUUUAUCACAUGAGCUGUACUGCAAAAAUGGGUCCACGAUCCGAUCCAAUGGCGGUCGUAGAUCCCUCUUUAAAAGUAUAUGGAGUAGAAGGACUUCGAGUGAUCGAUGCUUCGAUCAUGCCCACGAUCACUAAUGGCAAUAUCAAUGCACCUGUGAUAAUGAUUGGUGAAAAGGGUUCGGAUCUCAUAAAGAAGGAUUGGAUGUUUAGACGAAAGAGAACUAAUGAGACUAUCUCAGGUUCUUUCAAUCAAUAUUAGAUAUUUAGGAUAGUUCAUCGAAUGAAAGUAAAUUAAAUAUUUUUAUUAUUACGUCAUAUAAAAUAAUUACGAGAAUAGAUAGAAAGCUUUAAUAACUUGUUUUUAAGGCUUACGUUUCCUAUUUCUUUUUCUGUUGUAAGAAUGAUGUUCUAUAAAAUUAAUAUGUGCUUAAUCAAAAUCUAGUUAUAUCAUUUAGC